AUGGCACAUAUCUUCAACCACCCAGAUUCUUUGUCUCCUGCUGCUGCUGCUGUUGCUGCUGCUGGUGCUGGUUCUGGUGCGAAAUUUAAUCCGAGAUAUUGUCGUUCGGUCUUUUGCUUGCUUUUCUGCGCUGCAGUUUUGAUUGCUGGUGUCUUUAUCCACAAGAAAGUCAAGGCUAAGAAGUCUAAGCAAAGAUUCUAA